AUGGGGUUGGCGAACCUCACCACUAUCACAGAGUUCAUCUUGGUUGGACUAACCAGUCACCGCAAGACACAGAUUCUACUCUUUGUGGUCAUCCUCAUCAUCUACUCCCUCACCAUUAUGGGGAACCUAGUGAUCAUUAUGCUUGUGUGGGCUGACUCUUCCCUCCACACGCCCAUGUACUUCUUCCUGACAAACCUUUCGGGCCUGGAGAUCUGUUACGUCACCAGCACCUUGCCUCAAAUGUUAGCUCACCUCCUUUCUGGCAAUGGGACCAUCUCCUUUGCCCAUUGUGCUAUCCAGAUGUACAUUGCACUGGGCAUGGGCGGCACGGAAUGCCUUCUCCUAGCUGCCAUGGCCUAUGACCGCUACCUGGCCAUCUGCCACCCCCUGCUGUACACCACUGCCAUGGGCAGGUGGCGUCAAUUGCAGCUUGCCUUAGUCUGCUGGAUGGGUGGCUUCCUCCUGGGUUCGAUAAACGUGGCCUGCACCUUCAGGCUCCCCUUUUGCGGUCCAAACCGCAUCAACCACUUCUUCUGUGAGCUGCCCGUGGUGCUGAAACUUGCAUGUGCCGACACGCACGUUACACAAGCCAUUCUUUUCGUUGCAUCUGUGCUGGCCCUGCUAAUUCCAGUUUCUGUUAUCCUAACGUCUUACGGACUCAUUCUCUCCUCAGUGUUGCGAAUGCGGUCAACUGCCCGACGGCACAAGGCCUUCUCCACCUGCGCCUCUCACCUGGUGGUGGUCACCUUGUUCUAUGGCACUGUCAUGUCUAUGUACAUGAUCCCCCAGUCAGGGUCAGCUCCUGACCGGGACAAGCAAAUUGCAGUCUUUUAUGUUGUGGUCACUCCCUUGCUCAACCCCAUCAUUUAUACUCUGCGGAAUAAGGAUGUUCAUGGGGCAGCAGCCAAGGUGCUGGGAAGAUGGAGCUUUGAGCAGUGA